AUGAAGCUGUUUCUCGUUUUAACCGGCCAGCAAUCAGAAAUCAGAAAUCAGAAUCAGUUUGCCAGACUUGCCAUCGGGCUACCACCUGGUACUUGGCAGGUGAACAAGUCACUACGUCAGAUCACAUUGAACUGGUCUCACUCACCUGCUUCAACCUACUUCAACAACAACAAAUCUGAUAACAAGUUGACGUUUAAAGUUACCAACUGGUCGGGCAACCCCUUUGAUCCAACAAGGCAGCCAAUCAGAGAUUACUAUGCAAUUGCCCAGCCAAUAAGACGCGCUGACUUGCUGAGUUAUCAGGGCUAA